AUGUCCUCCUACAAGUUAGGCAAUGAGAAACUCAACUCUCGUAUCAAAGAGUUGGACAUUUUAUAUCCUAGUGGUCGUUUAAAACCCAGACGUUCUUCAUCCGUGUCUUUUCAAAGCGAAAACGGUGGAUCCAAGAAAAAGACCAAACUAAAUGAAAAGGAAAAACCCCCCAGCGAGCAGGGCAGUAAGAAGGGCUUUAAACCACGGACACAACUAAUACCUGAUUUAAAUGUCCUGGUGGAGCGAAUGCGUGCCAUGCAAGAUGACCACUUCAUGUAUUUGAGUUACAUGUUGCCCAAGACCAGUGAAUAUUUCACCCCCUACAGCUUGAUGGAGUACACCUGGGAAGAGUUGCCCAAUCGUAGUUUAUAUUUUACCAUGAGUCGUCAUGGAGUGACCUAUUGGUGUUUGUCGGAGAACUUCUUUACGCCACUGCUACAAUGGCAACGAGAGUUUCAACAAUUUUUGAGCAUUAUCAAGAUACGCACAUUUGCCGUAUUUCGCCUUUGGAAAGGUUUCAAGGUGUGGGAGAAGACUGUGAAAUGGAAAAAACAAUCGGAGGCACGCAGUCAUUUGCAGCAACAUUUGUUUAUAGCCAUACCGCAAUUGGGCAAAGCCAUACUCACACUGAGGGAGGAAAUUGUGGUGCUGGCUGAAAGUAACUUUGUUAAUGUAACGGUCAUUGAACAGUGGCAUCCCUUCUAUUUCUUGGAAAUGCAAAUGAAAAUCUAUGAAAGAUUAAAAGAAACCUUUAGGGAUUUUCGUGAAAGAACUCGCCAAUCACUGUAUGAGGCCAUCUUAAAUGCCUUAAACGAAAAUGGCUUCUUUCCCGAUGAUGAGGUGAAUCAUUUUCCCUCCAUAAAGAAAAUGAGAGAUGCCUUGAAUUUCAUGGAUCGUGCCAAGAAAAGAAGUUUUUGUAAAAUUCUUUCAAAUUUUCUUAGUUAUUGCGACCACAUGAUGUAUCAUAUGUUACAUCAAGUAACAGCAAAUAGUUUUCGUGAUUUGGUGAAUGCCAUGGCCGUACAUGAUGCCUUGGGCCCCCCUAUGGAGGUGCUACGUGAGAAUCUAACGCUUCAUGAACAAUUGGAGGAGAAAAGACCUGCUGAGGCCCCACAGAAUCCAUUCUUUGUAGCUGAUCUACAUUUACUUCCGGAUCAUAUAGAAAUAGAGCCUUCAGAAGAGGUGAUGAAGAGUAUUUUCAUCCGUAUUUCAACUUUGAUAUUAGAGACGGUAACUGAUAUUGAGAAUUUCACUGAUGAUAAGACUUAUACACAGUUCACUGAACCUUCCAUAAUGGGGCGUCAGGAGAAACGAUUAUCCGGAGUGGCCCCAGACUUAAAUUUCCUACUGGAAACCGAUGCUGAAUUUCAAUAUAAUCGUGAAAUUAUCUAUACCUAUAUACGAGUGGCCUAUGAAAAAGCUGAAACAUAUACCAUACGAUUUGAGACAAUUCGCAAUAAUUACGAAAUAGAUACCUUAACCGAUCCCAAUGUUUUGAAAUCAGAAAGAGAUUUGUCUCAACUACGUCAAUAUUGUGAACGUUAUUGCAAUAAUGUCAAGGCUUUGGAUGGCAUUGUUUCUAUUGCCAAUUUGGGUUUAUUGAAGCUUACUCAAGCAAGUUUUAAGGAUACUGUGACCCCAGUUUGUGUUAAACUGCAAAAUGUUUUGGCCAAUUAUUUACCCAAGCUAGCCGCUGAUGAAGUUGAACGCAUUUCCCAUUCCACCAAUGAUCUAUCAUCUCGCAUCACCACUGAUCCCUUGACCACUUUGGAGAUUGUCUCCCAUAUACGUUUCCUGGAUGUGGCCGAUGCCGAGAUGCAGAAACUUUUCGCUGAAGUCGAUUAUGUCCAUGAUGUUUUUAUCAUCAUUAAAGAUUUCUCCAUACCCAUUGAUGAUGAGCGUAAAGAGGAUUAUAUGAAUUGUGAAGAUCUGGUAAAUCGUACCAAUGAUAAACUUAAAGAAAUCCAAGGAAAGAGGGUGGACUUUGUUAAGCAAUUGGAAAAUAAAAUGAACGAGGAUAUAAAAUUGAUAUUUGAAGAGACCCAUGAAGUCUUUGUGGAGUUGCAGGAUCCUUUGUUAAUCGAUGUAAAAGCUGAUCUUUCGCUUAUGAAGUCCAGACUGAAAGGACUGUUGGAACAUCUGGAACGAUUGCACGAGAGAGCCAAGGAAUAUACCGGUUACCAAAAAGAAUUUAAGAUCGAUAUUACCAUGUUCACAGAAAUGGAUACUGCCUUUACUGAAAUCAAGCUGCGUCAAAGUCUCCACACUACCAUGGAAGAAUGGGAGGAGAAUCAUUAUCGCUGGGUUCGUGUCGACUUCAAUAAUUUAGUGGUCGAAGAAUUAGUGGAUUUAACAAAUAAGACCAUUAAAAAUUGCAUGCAAUUUGAAAAAUAUUUACCUGCCAAUAACAUGGUGCCCGAAUUAAAAAAGGAAGCGGAAGAUUUCAAACUUAAGCUGCCGGUUAUUGGUUAUUUGAGUAACGUUAACUUGCGGGCGCGCCAUUGGGUUGUAAUUGAGCGCCUAUUGGGGCAAAAGUUUUACCAAGAGGAGAAUAUUCUAAUUUCCUCCUAUGAACAGGCAAAAGCCUUUGAUGAAGAAAAUGCCAAUGUAUUGAUGCAAAUCUCAUCCCAAGCUACUGGCGAAGCACAACUGGAGAACAUGUUAAAGAAUUUGGAAAAUAUUUGGAAGGAACAGGAGCUGUCCAUAGUGUCACAUAGAGAUCAAGAUGAUGUCUUCAUAUUGGCCGGCACCGAGGAACUUCAAACCAUACUGGAUGAUUCCAAUGUCAACAUCAAUACCAUAGCAGCCUCAAAGUAUGUGGCACCCAUUAAGGAAAGAGUAGAUCAAUGGAUUGAAGAUUUGGAACAAUGCGGCAAAACUUUAGAGGUCUGGAUGGAAUGCCAAACUUCUUGGAUUUAUUUAGAGGCCAUAUUUGCUUCACCAGAUAUUCAACGUCAGUUGCCCCAAGAGGCCAAUAUGUUUUUCGUUGUCGACAAUAGCUUCAAGGAAUUAGUACGAAAUGCCAAGAAAAUGUAUUUUGCUUUGCCCGCCAUGUCAUCGAAGGAUAACUAUGAUGUUUUGAUGGAGAAUACUCGAAUACUGGAUUUGGUAACACGAGGACUAGAAGCCUAUUUGGAAGUUAAGAGAGUGGUGUUUCCAAGAUUCUAUUUCCUAUCCAACGAUGAACUUUUGGAAAUUCUUGCUCAAACUCGUAUCCCUCAAACGGUGCAGCCUCAUUUGCGUAAAUGUUUUGAUGCCAUCUAUCGCUUAGAAUUUGGACAGCAGGAUGAUGGCUCGGGCAAAAUGAUAGCCACCAAUGAUAUUUUGGCCUUUAUAUCACCCGAGGGUGAAAAACUUUUGUUUCAAAAAGGUCUACGAGCACGUGGAGCAGUUGAGGAAUGGCUGAGUAAAGUGGAGGAGGGCAUGUUUGCUGCUGUCAAACGGGCUAUGCGUUUUGGUUAUCGCUGUUAUCCGCACAAAGAAAGAACUGCCUGGUUUCAGGAUCAUCCCAAUCAAGUAUCAUUGACCAUAUCCCAGCAACAGUGGGCAGCAGACAUCCAUUACAUAUUGGACAAUCCCUCAUGGCAAGACAGCAAAAUUCUUCGGGAAAUGAAAUUGUUUGAGAGAAAAUGUCUGAGGAAUUUAUCUGCAUUGGCGGCUUUGACGCGCCAAAACAUACCCAGUUUGGUGAGAAAGAUAUUGACCGCAUUGAUCACCAUAGAUGUACAUGCAAAGGAUUCCGUGUCAAUGUUGAUUGAAAAGGAGGUUGUGAAAUCCACCGAUUUUGAUUGGCAAAAAAUGCUGCGCUUCUAUUGGUCCUUGGAGGAUGAAACCGUUUACUCACGCAUGGCCUCGGCCAAUGUGCCGUAUUAUUAUGAAUAUUUGGGAGCUGGAGGAGUCUUGGUCUUGACUCCUCUGACAGAUCGCUGUUACUUGUGUCUCAUGGGCGCCAUACAAAUGGAUUUGGGAGGAGCUCCCGCAGGUCCUGCGGGUACUGGAAAAACAGAGACCACCAAGGAUUUGGCCAAAUCGGUGGCCAAGCAGUGUGUGGUCUUCAAUUGUUCUGAUGGUUUGGAUUAUAAAAUGAUGGGAAGAUUUUUCUCAGGCCUGGCCCAAUGUGGAGCUUGGUGUUGUUUUGAUGAAUUCAAUCGCAUUGACAUUGAGGUGCUGUCGGUUAUUGCCCAGCAAUUGAUUACCAUACGCAAUGCCAAGGUCAUAAAUGCCAAAAGAUUUAUCUUUGAGGGCCGUGAAAUUAAAUUGAACAAAUCCUGUGCUGUCUUCAUAACCAUGAAUCCUGGCUAUGCUGGUCGCACGGAACUUCCAGAUAACUUGAAAGCUUUAUUCCGACCCAUAUCCAUGAUGGUUCCCGAUUAUGCCCUUAUUGCUGAGGUUAUACUCUAUUCAGAAGGCUUUGAAGAUCCUAAAAGUUUGGCCCAUAAAAUGGUACAAAUGUACAAAUUGUGCUCGGAGCAACUGAGUCAACAAAAUCACUAUGACUUUGGCAUGCGAGCUGUCAAGUCUGUAUUGGUAAUGGCAGGAUCUCUGAAACGAGCAGCUCCCGAUCAAAGAGAAGACAUAACUUUGAUAGCUGCUCUCAGAGAUUCUAAUAUACCUAAAUUUUUGUCAGAUGAUGCCAUUUUAUUCUUGGGUAUCCUUGGUGAUUUAUUUCCUGGUGUAGAGUUGCCAGAUUCUUCGCAUCCCCAACUGGAGGAAAGUUUAGUAGUGGGCCUUAAGGAAAAAAAUCUUCAACCCGUACCUGCUGUUUUAAAGAAAUGUAUACAGCUGUAUGAGACUAUGUGUGUACGUUGGGGUGUUAUGUUGGUAGGCCCUACCGGAGGCGGAAAAUCCACGGUGUUGCAUGCCUUGGAAUUUGCUUUGGGUCAUUUGUUUAAAUCGAAUGUUCCAGGGCCAAAUUUCAGACCUGUCACUAUACAAUGCAUGAACCCCAAAGCGGUUUCGAUGAAUGAAUUGUAUGGCUAUGUGGAUCCUAAAACCUUGGAAUGGCAGGAUGGCCUACUGGGGUUGGCUGUAAGGACAGCAGUUAAUGUGGAGGAGGAAAUCCAUCAAUGGAUUGUCAAUGAUGGCCCCGUCGAUGCCGUUUGGAUUGAAAAUCUCAACACCGUAUUGGAUGACAAUAAAAUGCUAUGUUUGGCCAACUCUGAACGUAUUAAACUUACCUCCUGGGUCCACAUGGUAUUCGAAGUUCAGGAUUUGGUUCAGGCCUCCCCAGCCACUGUAUCCCGUUGUGGCAUGGUCUAUGUCGAUCCCGAUGACAUGGGAUGGUUACCGUUAUUGGACACAUGGAAAACCGGUGACAUUGAACAAAAAAUACAACCCCAACAAUUAGAGUAUCUUUAUGACUUGUUCAAAACAAAAUUUCAAACUCUUUUGGAUUUGGCCAAGAAGCAUGGUUCAUAUGUCAUCAACCAGGUUACAAGUUCCAAAGUCCUAUUAUGCCUGGAGUUGCUAUCGUCAUUGAUUGAAAUGAUAGGCUGGCAAGAUAUAGAAGAAGUAGACUAUAAAUCCCUAUUGACAAAAAUGUUUAUGUGGUGUGUUCUAUGGUCACUCUCUACAAAUUUUAGAGAUGAUGAUAAGUUGGUCUAUGAACAGCUGAUUAAGCAGACAAUGGAGUCUACAGAGUAAGUGACUCAAAUACCAGGUUCUUUGUGGGAUUAUCACAUUAACAUGUCCACUCGCAAUUGGGAAUUAUGGUCCAGCAUCAUUGAUAAGUUUGUGUUUAAUCCAGAGGACAAGUAUUUCGAUAUGCAAGUGCCAACUGUUGAUACAACAAAAUAUGGAUAUAUUUCCAAUUUAUUAUUUCAACGAAAAUAUCCCGUUAUGUUUACGGGUGAAACAGGAGUUGGUAAAACCGUACUCGCUGUUUCAACUCUAAAAAAGUUGUCAUUGGGUAACAUAGUGCCCGUACAGAUCAAUUUCUCGGCCCAGACCAGUAGCAUACGAACCCAAGAAAUGAUUGAGGGACCUUUGGAGAAACGUAAACGCACGCAAUUGGGUGCUCCCAUUGGCAAAUCAGUCAUUGUAUUCAUAGAUGAUGUUAAUAUGCCCAAACUGGAUACCUACGGCAGUCAACCGGCCAUAGAGCUAUUGAGACAAUUUCUAGACUUCAAGGGAUUUUAUGAUCGUGAGAAGCUUGUGUGGAAAGAAAUUAUAGAUGUGGUACUUGGUUGUGCAUGUGCCCCGCCAGGGGGUGGUCGUAAUCCUUUGACUCCCAGAUUUGUAAGGCAUUUCGCCUUAUUGGCUUUACCCAAACCCAAUGAUGAGACGCUGACCACAAUAUUUAAUGGUAUACUGACAGGAUUCUUGGACAGUUUUUCUGCGGCCAUAAGAGCUCUGUCGGAGCCCAUUGUCCUUGCUUGUGUUGAGGUGUAUAUGCGCAUAGCUCAAGAAAUGUUGCCCACCCCUGAUAAAUCUCAUUAUCUAUUCAAUCUAAGAGAUCUUUCCAAAUGUAUACAGGGCAUAUUGCAGGCCAGCAACAUGCAUUACAAUGCAGAAAUGCAGAUUCUGCGUUUAUUCUAUCAUGAAACCACUCGAGUUUUCCAUGAUCGUCUAAUCAACGAUGAGGAUAAGACGCUUUUUAAGACUAUUAUGAGUGAGGUGUGCCUGAGACAUUUCAAUAAAGAAGUGUGCCGUGAAGGGGAACCUCCCAUAUUAUAUGGGGAUUUUAUGGUCUUUGGCAGAGCCAAAGCAGAACGCAUUUACGAGGAGAUUAAGGAUCAUGCUAAGUUGGAAAGUAUCCUUAUGGAUUAUAUUGAAGAUUACAACUCAAUGACGGGCAAGCGUAUGCAUUUGAUUCUAUUCCAAGAUGCUUUGGAACAUACUGUACGUUUGGCUCGCCUACUGAGAAGUGAUCGCGGCAAUGGUCUUUUGGUGGGUGUGGCCGGCAUGGGUAAACAGUCCUUGACCAAGUUGGCAGCACAUGUCAAUGAAUACAAAUGCAUGCAAAUUGAAUUGAAGAGAAACUAUGACAUCAAUGCAUUCCAUGAUGAUUUGAAAAUUAUAUAUCGUCAGGCAGGGAUCGAAAACAAGCCUGUGGUUUUCCUUAUGAUCGAUACUCAAAUUGUGGAGGAGGAAUUCUUGGAAGAUAUCAACAAUAUUUUGAACUCGGGAGAAGUUCCGAAUCUUUUUGAAGGUGAUGAUUACGAGAAGAUUAUAUUGGAGGCUAGAGAUCAUUGCAAUGAUGCCAUUAAAGAGGGCUGCUCUCGUGAUACCAUUUACAAAUUCUUCAUUAAUCGGGUGCGCAAUAAUCUACAUGUGGUCCUAUCCAUGUCUCCGGUGGGUGAUGCUUUUCGAAGACGUUGUCGUAUGUUUCCCUCGUUGGUGAAUUGUACCACCAUUGAUUGGUUUUCCAAUUGGCCCACCGAAGCUUUGUACUCUGUUGCCUUGGGCCUAUUGGCUCAAAUCACCAAUACCCCAGAGGAAUGCAAAGCAUUGGCCACCACCACAGUCUUCAUGCAUAAGACUGUCGAGGAAGCAUCGGUGAAAUUUUACAAAGAAAUGAAACGACACUAUUACACCACACCCAGUAGUUACUUGGGGCUUUUAAAGCUCUACCAAAGCUUGCUGAAGGAUAAAAAUUUGGAUCUGAACAACAAACGGAGUCGUAUAGCAAAUGGCUUGAAUAAGAUUUUGGAAACCAAUGAAAUUAUUGCUGUAAUGCAAAAGGAGUUGGAAAUCAUGGUCCCCCAACUCGAUGAAAAGUCGGCAAAUAUGAAAACUCUUCUAGAACGUUUAGCUGUUGAUACCAAACAAGCUGACAUGGUCAAGGAAAGUGUGGUCCGUGACGAGGCUAGUGCCAAGGAAAAGGCUGCCGUUUGUCAAGCCAUGUCCGAUGAUGCCAAUAAGGAUUUAGAAAUUGCCAUGCCAGCUCUAAAGGAAUCAGAAGAGGCCUUAAAGGGUCUCACCAAAGCCGAUAUUAACGAAUUGAAAUCUUUCACAACACCGCCGGCCUUGGUGCAAUUUGUAAUGGAAGCUGUGUGUAUUUUGCUGGGAGCCAAGCCAACAUGGGCCUCGGCUAAAUCCGUUAUGGCAGAUGUGAAUUUCAUCAAACGCCUAUUCGAGUUCGAUAAGGAAAACAUCAAAGAAGAGACCUUGAAAAAAAUUAAAAAGUACAUAGAACACAAAGAUUUUGUGCCAGCUAAAUUCGAAAAAGUCUCCAAAGUGGCCAAGUCGGUAAGUCUGUGGGUCAUUGCCAUGGAUAAAUUCGCCAAAGUUUAUAAGGUAGUAGAGCCAAAAAUUCGACGCAAAGAAGCUGCGGAGAGUGAACUCAAGGAAGUCAUGGCCAUAUUAAGGGCCAAACAACAAGAACUGGCUGCAGUGGAGGCAAAAAUUCAGGCUCUCAAGGAUAACAUUGAUCAAAGAAGUCGAGAGUUUCAAGUCAUACAAGAUACAGUGGAUCUUACCUAUGGACGUUUAAAUCGAGCCGGCCGUUUAACAGCAGCAUUGGCUGAUGAGCAAGUGCGUUGGAAGGAAACUGUGGAGACCCUCACCCAAGAACUGGCUUAUGUGCCUGGCGAUGUCUUGGUCUCUGCUGGCUGUGCUGCCUACUUGGGAGCAUUUUCCACACAAUAUCGUAAUGAACUUUGCUCUCAAUGGGUCGUCCAAUGUCAAGAACAGCAAAUUCCCUCAAGUGCAGAAUUCCGUUUACUGAAAGUCUUGGGCGAUCCUUAUGAGAUUCGCCAAUGGACAAUGGAUGGUUUACCCAAAGAUGAGAUUUCCAUAGAAAAUGGUAUUUAUGCCACACGUGCCCUACGUUGGCCCCUAAUGAUAGAUCCUCAGGAGCAGGCCAAUCGUUGGAUACGAAACAUGGAAAAGUCCAAUAACUUGCACAUACUCAAAAUCAAUGACGGCAAUCUAUUGCGAGUAAUGGAGAAUUGUAUACGCCAAGGUUAUCCCAUAUUGUUGGAGGAUAUCGGUGAGACUAUAGAUCCCUCUAUAAGACCAGUUUUGCAACGAGAAACCUACGUUUUUGAGGGUAGAACCUAUUUGAAGCUUGGCGAUGUUAUUAUAGAUUACGAUGAUAAAUUUAAAUUAUAUAUGACGACAAAAUUGGCAAAUCCCCAUUAUUUGCCAGAGAUUUGCAUCAACGUAACCUUGGUGAACUUUAUGGUUACCGAAACGGGCUUAGAGGAUCAGUUAUUGGCAGAUAUUGUGGCCAUUGAAAUGCCUUCCAUGGAAAUUCAACGAAACGAUUUAAUUGUCAAGAUUAAUGCCGACAAACAACAGCUUUUGGCCUUGGAGGAUAAGGUAUUAAAACUGCUGUUCAAUUCCAAAGGCAAUAUUUUAGACGAUGAAGAGCUGGUGGAGACACUAAACGAAGCAAAGGAAACCUCUCUCAUCAUUGCUACUCGUUUAGUGGACACCGAGGAGACCGAACAAAUCAUUACCGAAGCCAGAGAGAAAUAUCGAACAUUGGCUUCCCGUGGAGCCAUUCUCUAUUUUGUGGUGGCCAGUCUGGCCGAUAUUGAUCCCAUGUACCAGUAUAGCUUAAAAUAUUUCUCCCAAGUGUUUUGUUCGGUCAUCAAAUUGGAACAUCCCAAUGUGGACACUGAAGAACGUAUUGCCCAAUUGAAAUUGGAUGAGUUAAAGGCUCUUUACGAUAAUGUCUCUCGAGGCUUAUUUGAAAAUCAUAAACUCAUCUAUAGUUUUUUGCUGUCACAGGCCAUUGAACUUCAAGAGGGUCGGGUAAGCCAUCAAGAAUUUCAAUUUCUAACUCGCGGAGUGGUGGGUAAUGUGAGUGACAAGCAAAAGCCUUCCCAUUUGAAACUUAGCGACUUGGAAUGGGAGGCUUGCUUGUUUUUGGAAGAAAAUUUCUUGGCAUUUGGGGAAUUCACCGAGAAAUUGGAUGAGCCUUUCUUUUUGCAGAUUGAUGACAAUCAGGAGGUCUUUAAUUUUGGCAAUUUACAGAAUGUGGCUAAUGACUACUGGAAUAGCCGCUUAACUGACUUUCAAAAGCUUAUGUUCAUCAGAAUCUUUCGUAAGGAGCGUUUCCUCUUGAAUGUGGUGGUUUACCUCAAGGUGACUAUUGGUCGUCAUUUUACUGAAGUUUCAGCAGAAGGGAGUCAACUUAAGGUGGUAUUCCUCGACACUUCCAACGUCACACCCUUGGUCUUUGUCUUGUCCAGCGGCUCCGAUCCCAUGGCUAAUUUCCUGCGUUUUGCCGAAGAAAUGAAUUAUAUGGAGAAAUUUUAUUCCAUCUCCUUGGGUCAGGGUCAAGGACCCAUAGCAGAAAGUUUAAUUGAAAAAAGCCUGCGCUUGGGUCACUGGGUUUUCCUACAGAAUUGUCAUUUGGCCACCUCAUGGAUGGGCCAAAUGGAAACGAUUGUCCGCAAUAUAACUCUGGGAGAGACUGUAGCGCAUCCCGACUUCCGUCUCUUUUUGUCAUCAAUGCCACAAAAAAGUUUUCCCAUCAGUGUUUUGCAGAAUUCGGUUAAGGUUACCAAUGAACCACCAAAAGGCAUUAAGGCCAAUGUCUUGAGGGCUUUGGGCGACAUUAAUCCAGACUUUUUCGAACAGCAUGUUUUGCAGUCACAAUGGAGGGCCAUAGUCUUUGGCUUGUGUGUUUUUCAUGCUGUCUUGUUGGAGAGGCGCAAAUUUGGUGCCUUGGGCUGGAACAUCACCUACGAGUUCAACGAAAGUGAUCGCGAGUGCGGCCUUAAGACCUUGGAUUUCUUUAUUAACCGCGAAAAGGCUGAAAAAAUUCCCUGGGAAGCCAUCUAUUACAUUAAUGGAGAGAUAACCUGGGGUGGCCGUGUCACCGAUGCUUGGGAUCAACGUUGCCUUAGAAGUGUCUUAAAGAUAUUCACCUUUAAGAAGAUACUGGAUGAGGAUUACACUUAUUGUCGGGGUGAUCCGUAUUAUCGUGACCCUAGAAUGGCCACCAUUCGGGAGUAUAAGGAGUAUGUGCAGAAAUUUCCCACUCAAGAGGAUCCGGAAAUCUUUGGCUUGAACCAGAAUGCCAAUUUGGUUUUUCAAACCAAGGAAACCAACUUCUUUAUUAAUACCCUCUUAGAGGGUCAGCCCCGCACUUCAGCCGAGGAGGGUCAAGCGCAGGAUAAUGAUCUGUGUUUGGAGGUUAUAGGAAAAAUUCAGGAUGUACUAAUCAAGAAGAUUUCCAAAGAAACAAUGCAUCCAUAUCUAAAGGAGCUUGACCCUAAAGGCCAACUGCCUUCUUUAACCACAGUCUUAGUACAAGAAGUUGAUCGCUAUAACAUUUCCCUGCAUGUGCUUCACGAUAGUCUUGUGAAUCUGGCCAAGGCCAUUAAAGGUCUGGUGGUUAUGUCUGAGGUUUUGGAGGAGGUCUUCAAAUCUCUGUUGGCCAAUAUGGUACCCAAGCUGUGGGAGAAAAAGAGUUUCCUAUCCAUCAAACCUUUACCCAGUUAUAUAGCCGAUUUCCAAAGGCGCUUGGACUUCAUACAGAAUUGGGUUAAUGCUGGCAACCCCAAAUCGUUUUGGCUAAGUGGCUUCUAUUUUCCCCAAUCCUUUCUUACUGGAGUUUUACAAACUCAUGCCCGGAAACGAGUGCUGCCCAUAGAUGCUUUGAAAAUCGAUUUCAAGAUUAUGGAUGAAAUUUUGGUGCAGCAGGACUUUUUUGAGAGAAGAGCCAAUGGAAAGGAGGUGACAGAUUUGUAUGGUAAUCUCUCUGAAUCCUCUGAGGCUGGUGUCAAUGUCCACGGUCUAUUUGUGGAAGCUGCUCAUUGGAAUAAAAACCGUGGCGGUCUCUGUGAUGCCCAAAUUGGUGAAUUAUACUCCCGUAUGCCCACCAUACGUUUUAUACCCUGCUUGGAAUUGACUCCGGGCAAACGCUAUGAGGCUCCUCUCUAUAAAACACAAGCCCGCUCGGGAGUACUUUCAACAACCGGACAUUCUACCAACUUCAUACUCUCCAUACGUUUGGAGAGCUCUUACCCACCUGAUUUUUGGAUAUUACGCGGCACAGCCUUGGUUUCGGGCGUAGCUGAUAAUAUAUCAUAAUGUCUAUGUAUGUGAGAUUCUCUAAAAUAUUUUUAGGGUACUUUAAUA